AUGAAGCCCGUCAGCACAACAGCAUUGCUCAAUGCCUUCCAGGGGCUGAGGCUAUGCAGCUCCUCGCCGCUGCAACAGCUCAGGGCGCCGAUUCAGCACGCAUCGAAAACCAUCGCCAUCGCGCCACGACUUCAGAAUGCGAGAGCUUUCUCGACGACCGCCCCGGUCCUGGGCACCUGGCUGGAACCCAGCCUGAACCGCAAGAAGAAGAUGGCCAAGGGACGUCCGCGUGUCGCGACGGGCGGCUCUACAAAGGGCACGACAGUCAUCUGGGGCGACUACGGGCUGCGAAUGAUUGAUCAUCACCGGAGAAUCAGCGCCAAGCAGCUGAAGAUGGCCGAGGACACGAUCAAGGUGCGGCUUCGAGGCGAGAAAUAUCGGCUCUACAAGAGGAAAUGCUGCAACGUCGGCGUUUACGUGAGCGGCAACGAGAUGCGAAUGGGUAAAGGCAAGGGUUCUUUCGACCACUGGGCCACGCGCAUGGCCGUGAGCCAGGUGCUUUUCGAGAUCAAGGGACGAAUCCACGAGCAAAUCGUGCGAGAUGCGUUCCGUCUGGCGGGCAACAAGCUGCCUGGCCAAUGGGAGUUUGUAAAGAGGGGUGAUGCGCCGAUGGUCGGCAUCACGAAGCUCGAUGGAGUUACACUCGAGGACCUCAAGAGACCAAGGCGGCAAAUCGCGCCUGCCGAGCUGCUAGAGGCUUCGUCGCCGACGACCGUGACCGAGGCUGGAAGCACGUCCGAGGCGUCACGAUGA